GAUGGCUGGCGCCCUGGGGACUGUGGGAAAAAGGCCCACUCUGGUGGCGCGCAUUGGAUCUCCGCACGAACCUAAUAACGGUGGCGUAACUAAAGAUGUCAUAAAUAACGGGUGGGAUGUUAGGCGGGAAAGGGGCGCGCGAUUGCGAACGGUGAGCCCUCGCGUCGCGGCGCUGGCAUAGCGGUUCGGUUCGGCUCUGAAGGAGGAUGUGGCUCCAGCUCCUCACUGGCCUGGGUCGCUGCGCCUGGGAGCCGCCGCAUGUUAUGUCGCGGCUGCGCCUCUGUGUCGGGUGCGCCCCACGGCUCCUCCUCACAUGGCAAUGACGUUGGCUUCUAGUCCAGGCAUUUCAGCCUCCGGAGUAGGCCCUGGGCCCCGUCCAGGUGACCCCCAACCCCCACCCCCCGCGGCUGAUCGAGGCUUGGUCUUCACACGUCUCAGACCCCCAUCCCAAAUUGCCCCAUGCCCUUACACUGGCAGAAGCCGGGGGCUUUAAUUACUUGAUGUCCUCAUCUCCAGUCCAGAUGUUGGCCCCACCUCAUCAGGAGUUGACUGAGAUUGAGGUUCCAUACCCGGACACGGAUUCGGUUGGAGAGCUGCCUACAGGGCCAGAUCAGUUUGCUGUUCCACAUCAGGAUCUGAAUAACAAGCAAACCCAACAUCAAAAGCUCCCAGAGGAAGUUCCAGUGCUGGAUUGGAAUCAGAAUCAGGCCUUGGUUCUGCCUUCUCAACGCAAAUGUAAGACUAAAAACAUAGGUCUAGAUCAGGCUGAAGGUCACCAGUCAUUUGAAAUACUUGUUCCACCUCUAGGUAGUAAGAGCUCAAAACCAAUGAAGUUUAUUGUUUCACCCCCAAACCUGAAGAAAGAUCUAGUUCAGCAUCAACGGCUUGCCAAAGUUGUUGUUGGAACUAUAGGCCAAUUUGAAAAAAAACACUCUCUAAUCUCAGUAUGGAUGGAUGCCUUUUACCGUGAGGAGAGCCUACCUAGGGAUUUUUUGGGGAGCCCAGAUGAACCUCCAGAGCCCCCUGAGGAAGCUGAAAUUUCUCCAUCCCAGCAGGAGGCCCACACUCGUCAUCCAGAGCGCACUGAGGAGGCUGAAUCUUUACCCCAGCACGAGGCCCCUGCUCAGCAUCCACAGACGCCUGAGGAGGUUGAAUCUUUUUCACCCCAGGCAGAGGCCCGGGCUCAGCCUCCAGAGCCCGCUGAAGAGGUAGAACCACCUCCACUUCAGCAGGAGGGUCCAUCUCAGCCUUCAGAGGCCCCUGAGGAACUAGAAACUUCAAGUCCCCAGGAGGCCCUAGCCCAGCCUUUGGAGACACUUAAGGAGGUUGUAGUUCGACCAGUAGCACAUCAUGGGGUAAAUGAAGUUCAGCAGUCAAACUUGUACAAUGUCACUGUUAAACCUCUGGAUCUGGCACUGACCAUAACUCCACAGGUCACCAAAGAGGUUGAACCUUGUCCAGUCCAGCUGGAGACCCCAUCUCAGCCUCCAGAGAGCCCCGAGGAGGUUGAACCUGCGCCAGUCCAGCAGCAGGCCCCAUCUCAACCUCCAGAGCUCCCUGAGGAGGUGGAACCUUCUGCAACUCAACAGGAAGAGCCAGCUCAACCUCCAGAGCAUCAUGAAAUGACAGUUUCACCUCCAAGUCACCGUCAUGCUCAGCAUUCAAACUUAUCCAGUGUCGCUGUCAAACCUGCAGAUGUGGAGCUUACCAUAACAAAGGAACCCACUCCAGAGGUGGGACCUUCUCCAAAUCAGCACAAGCCUUCAGCUCAGGCCUCCGUGCCCCUUACUAAUGCAGAAUUUUCUACAACCCAGCAUGAGGCCCCCACGCUGCCUUCACAGCCACCUGAGGAGGUUGAACCUUUGCCAGUUCAACAGGAGGCUCCAGCCCAAUCUCCAGAAGCCGGUGCACAUAAUAAACCUUCAGUACAAGAGGAGACCCCAGCUCAGUAUCCAGAGCAUCCUGGAGAAGGAGUUAUACCUGCCACAACCCAGCAGGAGACUCCAGAUCAGCAUGCACAGGCUCCUGAGCUUGUACCUUCUCCACCUCAGCAGGAAGCCUCAGCUCAGCAUCCACAGUCUCCUGGUGAGGUUGACUCCUCACCAACCCAGUCUCCAGAGCUCUCUAAUGUGACUGUAGUUUUCUCUCCAGAGCAUCAUGUGACAACAGUUUCUCCUCUAGGUCAGGAUCAAGGUCAGCUUCUGCAGCAGCCCGAUGUCACUGUUCAACCUGUGGAUCUUGCACUUAUCGUAACUCCAGCGUUCACUAAUGAGGUUGAAACUUCUCCACCCCAACAAGAAACCUCGGCUCAGUCUACAGUGUCCCCUGAGCAGGUGGAAGCUUUGUCAGUCCAGCAAGAGGUUUCAGAUCAGCAUCCAACCCCCACUGAAAAUGUUGAACCGUCUCCAGUUCAGCAGGGAGCCCCAACUCAACCUGAAGAGCUUCCUGAGGAAACUGAACCUUCUCCAAGGCAGCAGGAGAGCUCAGCUCAGGAUCCAAAGCCCACUGAGUGGGUUGGACCUUCUCCAGUCCAGCAUCAGCACCCAACUCAGCCUCCAGGGGCCUCUACAGAUGGUGCAGCUCAACCUUCAGUACGUAAUGAAGUGACAUUCUCACCUCUAGGUCCAGGUGAAGUUGAACAUCCAGUGUUGCCUAUACCCACUAAAGAGGUUGAACAUCCUCCAGUGCAGCAGGAAGACUCUACUCAGACUCCAGAUCCCCCUGGAGGGAUAGACCUUUCUUUAGUCUCCGAGGAGCCCCCUGCUCAGUCUCCAGUUGCCCAGGGGGGCUCAGCUAUAUCUCCUGAGCCUCCUAAGGAGGUGGCACCUUCUCCCACACAGCAGGAGCUUCUGGCUCAGUCACUAGAACUCCCUGCAAAAGUGGAACCAUUUCCAGUCCCUCAAGGGACCCUUCCUCCGCUUCUACAGCCCCCUGAGAAUAUGGAGUCUUCUCUAGUCCAACAGGAGUUCCCAGACCUACCUCUGGAACCCCUGAAAGAGACAGAACCUUCUCCAGCCCAGCAGGAGGCCCCAUCUCAGCCUCCAGAGAGCCCCGAGGAAGUUGAACCUUCUCCAGUCCAGCAGCAGGCCCCUUCUCAGCCUCCAGAGCGCCCUGAGGAGGUUGAACCUUCUCUCCUCCAUGAAGAGGCCCCAACUCAGCAGGAGGACCUGGCUCCACCUCUUGAGCAUCCUGAGGAGACAGAAUCUUCUCCAACCCAACCAGAGACCUCAGCUAAGCCUCCAGAGCCUCCUGGAGAGGUUGAGCCUUCACGUGAGUGGGAGCAACCAGCUCCACCUUCUGAGCCUCCUGGGGAAGUUGAACCUUCUCCAACCCAGCAGGAGACCACAGGUCAGCCUCCAGAGCCUCUUGUGGAAGCUGAGCCUUGUCCAAGUGAACAGGAACAACCGACUCAGGCUUCUGAGCCUACAGAGCCUCCUGAGGAGGUGAAGCCAGCAACCCAGCAGGAGACCCCAGCUCAGCUUUCAGAGUCUUUUGGAGAAGCUGAAAGUUCUGCAACCCAGGAGGAAGCCUCAGCUCAGUCUCCAGAGCCCCCUAGGGAGGUGGAACCUUCUGCAACUCAACAGGAAGAGCCAGCUCAACCUCCAGAGCAUCAUGAAAUGACAGUUUCACCUCCAAGUCACCGUCAUGCUCAGUAUUCAAACUUAUCCAGUGUCGCUGUCAAACCAGCAGAUGUGGAGCUUACCAUAACAAAAGAACCCACUCCAGAGGUGGGACCUUCUCCAAAUCAGCACAAGCCUUCAGCUCAGCCCUCCGUGCUCCUUACUAAUGCAGAAUUUUCUACAACCCAGCAUAAGGCCCCGAAGCUGCCUUCACAGCCACCUGAGGAUGUUGAACCUUUGCCAGUUCAACAGGAGGCUCCAGCCCAAUCUCCCGAAGUCGGUGCACAUAAUAAACCUUCAGUACAAAAGGAGACCCCAGCUCAGUAUCCAGAGCAUCCUGGAGAAGAAGUUAUACCUGCCACAACCCAGCAGGAGACUCCAGAUCAGCAUCCACAGGCUCCUGAGCUUGUACCUUCUCCACCUCAGCAGGGAGCCAGAGCUCAGCAUCCACAGUCUCCUGGUGAGGUUGACUCCUCUCCAACACUGUCUCCAGAGCUCUCUAAUGUGACUGUAGUUUUCUCUCCAGAGCAUCAUGUGACAACAGUUUCUCCUCUAGGUCAGGAACAAGGUCAGCUUCUGCAGCGACCCGAUGUCACUGUUCAACCUGUGGAUCUUGCACUUAUCGUAACUCCAGCGUUCACUAAUGAGGUUGAAACUUCUCCACCCCAACAAGAAACCUCGGCUCAGUCUACAGUGUCCCCUGAGCAGGUGGAAGCCUUGUCAGUCCAGCAAGACGUUUCAGAUCAGCAUCCAACCCCCUCUGAAAAUGUUGAACCUUCUCCAGUUCAGCAGGGAGCCCCAACUCAACCUGAAGAGCUUCCUGAGGAAACUGAACCUUCUCCAAGGCAGCAGGAGAGCUCAACUCAGCAUCCAAAGCCCACUGAGUGGGUUGGACCUUCUCCAGUCCAGGUGAAGUUGAACAUCCAGUGUUGCCUAUAUGACAGGACCCUUCCUCAGCUUCUACAGCCCCCUGAGAAUAUGGAGUCUUCUCUAGUCCAACAGGAGUUCCCAAACCUACCUCUGGAACCCCUGAAAGAGACAGAACCUUCUCCAGCCCAGCAGCAGGCCCCUUCUCAGCCUCCAGAGCGCCCUGAGGAGGUUGAACCUUCUCUACUCCAUCAAGAGGCCCCAACUCAGGCUCCAGGGUUCCCUACUCAGUAUGUACUUCAAAUUCCCGUGCGUGAUGAGGUAGCAUCUCUACCUGGCGUUCAGCGUCACACUCAUUCAAACUUGCCCAGUGUGACACUUCAACCUCUGGAUUUGGAACUUAGCAUCACUCCAGAGCCCACUCCGGAAGCUGAAUUUCCUACAGCUCAGCAGGAGGACGUGGCUCCACCUCUUGAGCAUCCUGAGGAGACAGAAUCUUCUCCAACCCAACCAGAGACCUCAGCUAAGCCUCCAGAGCCUCCUGGAGAGGUUGAGCCUUCACGUGAGCGGGAGCAACCAGCUCCACCUUCUGAGCCUCCUGGGGAAGUUGAACCUUCUCCAACCCAGCAGGAGUCCACAGGUCAGCCUCCAGAGCCUCUUGUGGAAGCUGAGCGUUCUCCAAGUGAACAGGAGCAACCGACUCAGCCUUCUGAGAGGAAGCCUCAGCUCAGUCUCCAGAGCCCCCUAGUGGAACCUUCUGCAACUCAACAGGAAGAGCCAGCUCAAUCUCCAGAGCAUCAUGAAAUGACAGUUUCACCUCCAAGUCACCGUCAUGCUCAGCAUUCAAACUUAUCCAGUGUCGCUGUCAAACCUGCAGAUAUGGAGCUUACCAUAACAAAAGAACCCACUCCAGAGGUGGGACCUUCUCCAAAUCAGCACAAGCCUUCAGCUCAGCCCUCAGUGCCCCUUACUAAUGCAGAAUUUUCUACAACCCAGCAUGAGGCCCCCAUGCUGCCUUCACAGCCACCUGAGGAGGUUGAACCUUUGCCAGUUCAACAGGAGGCUCCAGCCCAAUCUCCAGAAGCUGGUGCACAUAAUAAACCUUCAGUACAAGAGGAGACCCCAGCUCAGUAUCCAGAGCAUCCUGGAGAAGGAGUUAUACCUGCCACAACCCAGCAGGAGACUCCAGAUCAGCAUCCACUGGCUCCUGAGCUUGUACCUUCUCCACCUCAGCAGGCAGACACAGCUCAGCCUCCACAGUCUCCUGGUGAGGUUGACUCCUCUCCAACCCAGUCUCCAGAGCUCUCUAAUGUGACUGUAGUUUUCUCUCCAGAGCAUCAUGUGACAACAGUUUCUCCUCUAGGUCAGGAUCAAGGUCAGCUUCUGCAGCGGCCCAAUGUCACUGUUAAACCUGUGGAUCUUGCACUUAUUGUAACUCCAGCGUUCACUAAUGAGGUUGAAACUUCUCCACCCCAACAAGAAACCUCGGCUCAGUCUACAGUGUCCCCUGAGCAGGUGGAAGCUUUGUCAGUCCAGCAAGAGGUUUCAGAUCAGCAUCCAACCCCCUCUGAAAAUGUUGAACCUUCUCCAGUUCAGCAGGGAGCCCCAACUCAACCUGAAGAGCUUCCUGAGGAAACUGAACCUUCUCCAAGGCAGCAGGAGAGCUCAACUCAGCAUCCAAAGCCCACUGAGUGGGUUGGACCUUCUCCAGUCCAGCAUCAGCACCCAACUCAGCCUCCAGGGGCCUCUACAGAUGGUGCAGCUCAACCUUCAGUACAUAAUGAAGUGACAUUCUCACCUCUAAGUCCAGGUGAAGUUGAACAUCCAAUGUUGCCUAAUAUGACAGUUAAACCCGUGGAUCUGGCGGUUGUCUUAACUCUAGAGCCCACUAAAGAGGUUGAACAUCCUCCAGUGCAGCAGGAGGACCCUACUCAGACUCCAGAUCCCCCUGGAGGGAUAGAGCUUUGUUUAGUCCACGAGGAACCCCCAGCUCAGUCUCCAGUUGCCCAGGGGGGCUCAGCUAUAUCUCCUGAGCCCCCUAAGGAGGUGGUACCUUCUCCCACACAGCAGGAGCUUCAGGCUCAGUCACCAGAGCUCCCUGCAAAGGUGGAACCAUUUCCAGCCCCUCAAGGGUCCCUUCCUCAGCUUCUACAGCCCCCUGAGAAUAUGGAGUCUUCUCUAGUCCAACAGGAGUUCCCAAACCUACCUCUGGAACCCCUGAAAGAGACAGAACCUUCUCCAGCCCAGCAGGAGGCCCCAUCUCAGUCUCCAGUGGCACCUAAGGAGGUUUUAGCACAAACUGCAGUGCAUUAUGAGAUGACAGUUCCAACACUUGGACAGGAUCAAGCUGAGCAUUCAAACUUGCCCAGUGUCACAGUUAAACCUUUGGACCAGGGGCUUCCCACAGCUCCAGAACCUACAACGGAGGAUGAACAUUCCACAGCCCUGCAGCAUACUGCAGUUCCUCCAACAUACCCCGAGGUUACAUUUCCAAAUCCAGAGCAAGUUCAGGCUCAGCAUCCAACCUUGACUGAUGUCACAGUUCAACCUUUGGACCUUCAACUGACCAUAAGGCCAGAGCCCACUAAGGAGGAUGAACCUUCUCCAACCAUGCAGGAGACCUUAACCCAGCCUCCAUAACCACCUAAGGAUGUUUUUGUAGCUCAGCCUCCAGUAUAUCAGAACGCAAUAGUUCCAGCACCAGAUCAGGAUUCCACUGCGCCUCCAACAUGACCCAGUGUCACAGUUCAGCCUUUAGACCAGGGGCUUACCACAACUCCAGAGCCUACUAUGGAGGCUGAACAUUCCACACUCCUGCAGGAGACUAUAGUUCCUCCAACAUACUCUGAGGUGACACUUCCAAAUCCAGAGCAAGUUCAGGCUCAGCAUCCAACCUUGACUGAGGUCACAGUUCAACCUUUGGACCUGGAACUUACGUUAACUCUGGAAUCCAGUAUGGAGGUUAAACCUCCUCCAACCAUGCAGCAGACCCAAGCUCAGCCUCCAGAGCUCAUUAAGGAAGGUAUAGCUCAGUCUCCAUUGUAUCCCGAGGUGACAGUUCCAGCACCAGAUCAGGAUCAUGCUGAGCAUCCAACAUCACCCAGUAUCACAGUUAAACCUUUGGAGCUGGAGCUUACCACAACUCCAGAACCUACUACAGUGUGUGUACAUUCUACAUCCCGGCAGCAGGCUACAGCUCCCCCUCCAGAACACCCUGAGAUGACACUUGCCCAGCCAAACCUAACUCAAGUCACAAUUCAACCUAUGGAUGUGGAACUUACCGUUACUGCAGUAUCCAAUAUGGAGACUUUACCUUCUGCAAUCAUGCAGGAGACCCCACCUCAGCCUCCAGAGGCACCUCAGGAGGUUGUAGUUCAAUCUCCAUUCCAGCAGGAGGUGACAGUUCCAACCCCAGGUAAGGAUCAAGGUCAGCACUCAACAUCAUCCAGCGUCAUAGUUCAUCAUGUGGACCUAGAGCAAACCACAACUCCAGAACCCACUAUGGAGGCUGGACAUUCUUCAUCCCUACAGCAGACUACAGCUCCUCCUCCAAAACACCCUGAGGUGACACUCGCACAACCAAACCUGACUCAACUCACAGUUCCACCUGGGGACCUGGGACUUAAUAUAUCUCAGCAACCAAGGCCAUCCGAGACAGUUCUUUUUCCUUCGACUCAGUAUUCAGUAUCCACAGGUCUUCCUGGUGUAAAAUAUACCCCAGAAAAGAAGCAGCCAGAACAGAAUGCCACCACAAACAUCAGCAUAUGUGAGCUCUGUACCUGCAAAAAUGAGACGCUGUCAUGUGGUGGUCUCAGCCCCAAGCAGAAGCUCCACAGAGUGCCUGAGCCAGAGCCUAACGCCUACAAGGGCACCUUCACCAUCAUAAAUUUCCCAGGAAACUCUAUUUCUUACAUUGCUGAAAGUAUAUGGAAGGCAUACCGCUGGGCUGAGAAGCUAAUUCUCAGGGAAAAUUAUUUGACUGAAUUACAUAAGGACUCAUUUGAAGGCCUGCUAUCCCUCCGCUAUUUAGAUUUAUCCUGCAGUAAAAUACAGUCUAUCGAAAGACGUACAUUUGAACCACUACCUUUUUUGCAGUUUAUAAAUCUUGGUUGCAAUUUACUCACAGAACUGAGCUUUGGAACGUUUCAGGUGCAUGGAAGGCAGUUUUUACACAAGUUAAUUCUCAAUCGUAAUCCUUUAACAAGAGUUGAAGAUUCUUAUCUUUUUAAAUUGCCAGCAUUAAAAUGUUUAGACAUGGGAACAACACAAGGGUCACUUACAACAAUUGAAAGCAUCCUCAUGAUGACCCUUGAAUUGGAAAAAUUGGUCUUACCUAGCCAUAUGGCCUGCCGCCUCUGCCAAUUUAAAAAUACUGUUGAGGUUGUCUCUAAGACAGUCAAGCUGCGUUGUGACAGUGAAUGCCUGACAGACGUCACACAUGAAGAAACAUCGCUAGGGAAUGCAGAAGGAUCGUUGAUGAAGGUGUUACAAGCACAGAAGGAGAACAACAGCCCUGAGCUGACUAUUGAGUCAGAGAGGGCGUUCUCAGAUAAAAGUGCUGUCAGCUUGUCAGGCUUCAUGAAUGAGCAGCUGGACUUUAAUAAUAAAAGUGAUAUUAUCAGGGCACGAAAUUACAUACUGCCUUAUAUCUCAGAGGGAAAUCUAGGAGAUGUGGAAUCAACAUUAUUACCAUUCGUUCAACUUCUUUUUUCAAAUACACAAGAUGGAGAUAUGCCGCUGGGCCUUUUGAAAAACAAUACAAGGAGACCUUCUGUUAAACAUGUAUGCAACAAUUUAACUAAUAAAAAUAAAGUGAGGAAACUCCAUUUUCUGGAAAAUUUGUUAGAUGCAGAAACUCAAGAAAAAAUGGAUGAGGUGAAAAAGGAAGAAAAACCUGCCACGCGUACGUGUUCCAACCUUUUAAGUGCCAUGUUUAAACGCUACAUCUUUCAAAAGAAGUUGGAAACUGCCCAACCACAGAAAGGCAGCCUAGCAAAGACUGAGAGUACAGAGGAAAAGCUGCUGAGAGUGAACAGGGUCCUCAAGGGCCCGAGGGGCCUACAGAAAAUGCACCUCAAAGCAGUGGGAGAUGACAGAAUCAGGAGGAAACAGAAUGCCCAGCCAUCUGUGGUGAGCACUGCCGAAGAAAGAAGGCUCAGGAGGCCAUCCCCAAGAAAGCUGAAUCAGCUACUCAUGGUGCAGAGGCCCAGGAAGCUGCUGGGAAAUUCGUCCAAUGCAGACUCUUCAUUCAUAAUGGAACACAAGGCAGCACGUUCCUCUACCCUGAAACAGUACUUCAAGGGCAGGCCUGCUGCCUCCAUCUCUCCAAAAUCCCCACCUGAGGUUAAAAGCAAAUCAAAAGAAUUAUCCAACACUAAACUUGUUUUAGAGGAUGCGAAUGGAGUUAGAAAUAGUAAGGAUUUUGAACUAAUCUCACAUUCUGGGAAAAAAUACAUCUUCCAUAAAAUUACGACUCAUCGGGUCCACAGAAAACCCAAAGUCAAAAGGAGUCAAAAGUUCAGAAAGAAAAGUUCACCCAAUAGAAUGAUGCUUGCAAGCCCUCCGUUCUCUGUAGUGAGGAGUCUCAUAAAUUCCCCUCUGCGAGAGGCUGUUUCAUCUUCAGGAGAAGAGACUUCUCAGGAAAAUCCUUUUCCAGAAUUAUUUUCUCUUUCAGACCCAUCUACAGAAAACACUACUUCAGAAAACAAUACAGCACAAAAUGUUUCUGGAAAUUAUUUCUACAGGAAUUCUACUCUGCCAGGAGGAACCGGCCCUGGAAACACUACCCAUAGGAACGUCUCCACUGCACAUUCUACUGUUGCUGCCGACAACAGUAUGCCAACUGUUCAACACACCAACGAAACACAAUGGGAGUACCACAACACGGGCACCAAAUUAUCCUCUAAGCCCACAGGCUUCACUUUCCCAGGGCUCACAUCCCCGGGUGAUCAAGUUGAAACUCAGCUAAAGCAGCAGCUACGGUCCCUCAUCCCCAACAAUGACAUGCAAAGGAUCAUUUCUCAUUUUAUCCAGACUUUGAAAAUAGACUGCUCGGAGACCCACAUGCAGCUGGCCUGUGCCAACCUCAUCUCUAGAACAGGCCUCCUGAUGAAGCUUCUCAGCAAGCAGCAAGAAGUAAAGGUGUCCAAAGCGGAAUGGGAUACGGACCAGUGGAAAAGUGACAACUCUAUCAGUGAGAGCACAGAAGCCCAGAGUGAGCAGAAAGAGCAGGAGUCAAGUGAGCUCCCAAAAGAUGUUCCAGGAUAUGGCUGUAACAACAAGCUCAUCUUGGCAAUAUCUGUAACUGUAAUAGUGACGAUUUUGGUUACAAUUCUCUGUCUCAUUGAGAUUUAUUCUCACAGAAUUGCAAAAGGGGAAGAUAAAAAAAGAAGCAGAAGAGUAUUUUGUGUUUCCCUGCUGGUCAUGGCCUUUAAACUGAUUUCACAAUUCACUGACACCUCAGUGACAGCCUGCACCACAUGCAAAGGUCUCCCCAGAGACACUGGGGGGCCAUUUUGGACAGACACAGAGAACUUCUGGAAGGCCAGCAUGCAUGGAAUGAUUUUCAAGAUCCCGGGAGGGCUUUUUCGGAGAAGGCGGCCACUUUGGCUUAGGGAUAUGUAUAGGCCUCUCAACGCCACAUGCAAGGAAAACAUGGCACAGAAGCUACACGACAGGGAGUCUUCUGAUGAGGAUGAGAUAUUCUAUAAGGAUGCAGGGGAAGUCAUCAAAGCCCCAGCAGAGAAGCUUCUGGCUGCAUAUUGGGUUGAUGAAGAGGCGAGUGAGGAAAGUGAGACAGCACACGAGACUGCCACAGAGUGA